CUGCGGUCUAAACUGCUUAUCCCCGGGGGGACACUGACACACAGGCUUUGCCCUAGGAAAUUCCACCGUCUCUUAUUUCUCCCCCCUCUCUCACAACUCUCUCUUUCACUCAAAAUUCACAACGGUCUAUGAUCAUUGUAGAUGGAGACAACUUUGAAAAGUGUUAAAACAGUUUUUCAAUUGCUAAGUAGUAACAAGUAGGCUAGUGGUCAACAAGGAUUACAUAGUUUUGGUUGGAUUUAUCUGGAAACUUUCCUCGUUUCAGAUGUAUUCGAUGGACUGCCCCGCAGCCUUGAGGUCUCUGCUGAUACUACUCUUGGCCAUCCCGGGGGCGCACCUUGGCAAGUGCCCAAAGGAGUGCAUAUGUGACCAAAUCUCACUCACUGUUACCUGUGUCAACAAAAACCUGACAGAGGUGCCUCCCACAAUCGACGAGAUCACAGUGAAACUGGAUCUGAAAAGCAACUACAUCCAGGAGCUGCCAUCAGGUUCGUUCAAACACACGCCGUACCUGACACACCUGUCCUUGCAGCGCUGCAAUCUCCGCACCGUGAAGGAGGGGGCGUUCCGUGCUCUGGGCCGUCUCGUCUUCCUCAACCUGGCCAACAACAACAUGGAGAUCCUCUAUCAGGAGUCGUUUGACGGUCUCUCCUCACUGAAGCAGCUGCUGAUUGACCGUAACCGAGUGGAGGAGAUCCAGCCAGGGGCCUUCUCUCAGCUGGGGUUCCUCAACCUGCUCUCCCUCACCCACAACCAGCUCACCUAUAUCCCCAACAUGGCCUUCCAGGGCCUGCAGAACAUAAAGUGGCUACGCCUUAGCCACAACUCUGUUAACUACAUGGCCACUGAGGCCUUCGCAGGCCUGUUCACCCUCACGCGCCUCAGCCUCGACCACAACGAGCUGCAGUUCUUUCCUACUGAGACCAUGACCAGACUCCCAGAGGUGACCCGUCUGGACCUCAGUUUCAACCCCAUGACCUUCCUGGGUGAGGAGACUGUCUCCAUGAACAAACUCACACACCUCUUCAUGGACCACAUGUCCCUGCAGGACCUGUCCCACACGGCCGUGUCACUGUCCCCCUCUCUCACCCACCUGGACCUCAGCCACAACCAGCUCCGUGUACUCCAGCCCUUCACUCCAGCCUCCCCCAAGCUGGCCCGCCUUAACCUGUCUGGAAACCCCAUCUACUGCAACUGCUACCUGCUGCCGCUGAGGGAGUGGGGCAUCCGGAAGAAGGUGAAGCUGAUGGGGGCUUGCGGGGGACCGGCUCACUUCUCUGGGGAGAACCUGGAGGCCAUCCACCCCCGGGACCUGCGCUGCCAGAGCCAGGAGGCCAUGCUGAAGGCUGAGUUUGAGGAGCAGACCAGGGUGAUGUCGCCCCCCACCCCCGAGCCCAUCAACAAGGUCAAGUGUCCUGCCAACUGUGCCUGUGAGGGUGAGACACACCACUCCUCCUGUGAGAACCGCGGCCACACCAAAGUCCCCCUCGGCUUCUCCCCCGACACGCGCCUCCUCGACCUGCGGGGCAACCACUUCCACUACAUCCCUGCCAACAGUUUUCCCGGCGUUGCCAAGGUAGUCUCCCUCCAUCUACAGCGCUGUAAGAUUGUGGAGGUGGAGCCUGGUGCAUUCCAUGGCAUGAAAGGGCUGGUCUACCUUUACCUCUCCGAGAAUGAGCUUGACUCCCUCAACCCCGACGCCUUCAAGGGCAUGCCUCAGCUCACCUACCUCCACUUGGAGAAGAACAAAUUCACAGUCUUCCCCAAGGGGGCCUUCAAGCUGCUGCCUGGCCUGCUGGCCCUUCACAUGGAAAACAACUCCAUCGCCAAGCUGGAGCCAGGGAUCCUGAAUGGGGCGGAGAAGCUGAGGGGGCUCUAUCUGACCUCCAACUUCAUCAAUGGUGUGGCCCCCAGGGCAUUUGACCCGGCCCCCGACCUCGACACUCUUCACUUGGGAGGGAACAAGCUCAAGGAGGUUCCCAGUGAUGCGUUAGCGAAGACAGGCAACCUGGGAGAGUUACGGUUGUCUGGGAAUCCCAUUCGCUGGAUUGGACCGCAUGCUUUCCAGCCAUUAGCUAGGGCACUGAAGGAUCUGUAUUUGGACGGCAUGGGUUUGGAGAAGAUGUCUAAGGACUCUCUGGCAGGGCUGGGUGCUGGUCUGAGGAGUCUAUACCUAGAGGGGAACCAGCUAGAGGAGGUGCCUGACUUCAACCCUCUGACGGGCCUGGAGGUCAUCAACCUGGCAGAGAACCCUCUGUUGUGUGACUGCCCCCUGCUGCCGCUACGCAUGUGGAUUGAGAAGGUGAACCUGAAGGUCCGGGCCACCUGUGUCCACCCACCUGAGCUGCGAGGCCUGAGGGUCAAGGACGUCCACGUCUUCAAGUCCUGCCCUGGAGGGGAAAGCCUGCCCUCUGCCCCCCUCCCGAAGGUUUCCAAACCCCCCAAGUCCACCAAACCCAAACCUGCCCACCUCAAUGCCCCCAGACAGGUCAAGGUGGUGAAAACCAAAACUCGCAAGAUUCAGACCCCAAAGCCCACCGUCGCCAAGAAAACCACCAAGAGAAGCAAGGUGGUUUGAUUGCACAUAGCUGUCACUAGAGGGAGCUAUAACUAUUACACGUAACUACAGGUGAGGAGAUGUAACAGUCGAGGAUGUGCCUCACUUGUCUCCCUCAAGGCUUUGACUUCUGUAGAUAUGCACAACUCAACACAGAACAGACCAACACAUACUAAGACAGACACACAGGGGUCUUCAUAGACGGAUGCUAUUCUGAAGAGGGUAGAAAAAGAUGUAGAAUUUCAAUAGUGUUGAAACUUUUCUUUAACACCAGGAUUAUACUGUAUGUUAUUUCUAUAUUGAGUGGCUUCCUGUUGAAAAUGUUCUGAAUUCAUACUAACAUUUUAAAAUGUUACAUUAUGAGAUUUAGUCCGCUAUGCUGAUGCUUGCUAGUGAAAACCAAACUGUAGGGAGCUCUAACAUUUACUUCCCAAUCUCCACAUUCCACUGUACGAACACUCACUCUAAUGGCCAUUAAUGACAUAUAGUACGUUGUAAUUGCACUUUCUUUUACCCACUUUGAAAACAUUUUUGAAUGUUACGGAGAUAGAAAUAAAGAAUGAACAAUUUUGUCAAGUGAGAUUCUUGUUCAGUGUGGAAAAAGUUUGGCAUAAUAAACAGCUCAAAGCUAGGUUCCUACCAGUACAUAACUCUACUGUCUCGGUGUGUGGUAGCGCAUGUGUUUCAUAGCAGAUCCUAGUUUAGUCAGUAAAAUGUGAAACGUGAAGGAAGGUCAUAAUUCCCACAGACACUCAGAGCAACCAGUUCACUGAAGUACUUUAAUUCAGGAUAGUAUAUACAACAACGAAAAGGAAUCUGGAUAUAAAACAAAUAAACAUUAUACAACAACA